UAAAGGAUGCCACGCCGCUCAUGAUCUGUCAAUUUGCGUCGCCGAAAAACGAAAACGGAUAGGUUGCCGGCGAAUUAUUUCUUGAUAUUAUUUAAAAAUAUUAUUCAUAAGGAUUAUUUAUGUAACAUAAUAAAAACAAGGAAUAUAUCACUAACACAAAAUGACGGUGGAGGUGCAACCUAAGACGAAGCUCCCGCAGCUUUCGUCUGACAAACAACUAACAUUUAUAAAAUUAGCUGUUUUAUCAAUGGCAGCAAUAUUAUCUUUCGGGACACGUUUAUUCUCCGUAUUACGUUUCGAGAGUGUGAUCCACGAGUUUGACCCUUAUUUCAACUACAGAACAACUAGAUAUCUAACCGAGGAAGGGUUCUACAACUUCCACAAUUGGUUUGACGAUAGAGCAUGGUACCCACUCGGACGUAUCAUUGGUGGCACCAUCUACCCGGGUCUGAUGGUUACAUCAGCCACUUUAUACAACAUGAUGCAGUUCCUGAACAUAACCAUAGACAUACGGAAUGUGUGCGUAUUCCUCGCUCCAUUCUUCUCAUCACUCACCACUAUUGUCACAUACCUCCUGACUAAGGAGUUGAAGGAUGAAGGUGCUGGUCUCGUGGCAGCAGCCAUGAUUGCCAUAGUGCCGGGAUACAUCAGUCGUUCAGUCGCAGGAAGUUAUGAUAACGAAGGCAUUGCCAUUUUCUGCAUGCUGCUCACAUACUACUUCUGGAUCAAAGCGGUUAACACUGGUACUAUACUCUGGGCCACCAUGACUGCUCUCGCUUAUUUCUACAUGGUAUCAUCAUGGGGUGGCUACGUGUUCCUAAUCAACUUGAUCCCUCUGCACGUGCUGGCUCUGAUGCUGCUGGGCCGCUUCUCAGCGCGAGUGUACGUGGCAUACAGCACCCUGUACUGUGUAGGAACCAUCCUGUCCAUGCAGAUCUCUUUCGUCGGUUUCCAACCUGUACAGAGCUCUGAACAUAUGCUGGCAUUAGGUACGUUCGGUCUCUGCCAGUUGUACGCGUUCACCCAAUACUUGCGCGAGCACCUAUCCCCGGCCAACUUCGAGCUGCUCUUCAAAGCAUUGCUUACCACCUUACUGGCCACUUUGGGAACUGCCCUGGUCGCCCUUACACUUACUGGUAAAAUCUCGCCAUGGACCGGACGUUUCUAUUCUCUCUUGGACCCGUCCUACGCUAAGAAUCACAUUCCUAUCAUUGCAUCGGUAUCUGAGCAUCAGCCCACGUCCUGGUCAUCAUUCUACUUCGACCUUCAAGUCCUGGUGUUCCUGUUCCCCGCUGGCCUGUACUUCUGCUUCAGUAAGCUGACUGAUGCGAAUAUCUUCAUCAUUCUGUACGGAGUCCUCAGCAUUUACUUCGCGGGUGUGAUGGUGCGUUUGAUGUUGGUGUUGGCCCCGGUCAUGUGCAUAGUGUCAGGAGUUGCGGCGUCCAGUCUGCUCAGUCUACAUGUAAAGGAUAUUGAGCCAAAAGUUGAGAAACAUGAGAAGAAGAAGAAGCAUGAAAAUAAUUUAGUUUUUAGAUCUGAGGUGGGAGCUCUAUUCGUAUGCGUGCUGGGCUGCCUACUGAUAUCGUACGUGUUCCACUGCACGUGGGUGACGUCGGAGGCGUACUCGUCGCCCUCCAUCGUCCUGUCGGCGCGCGCGCACGACGGCGCACGGAUCAUCUUCGACGACUUCCGCGAGGCAUACACCUGGCUCAAGAUGAACACUCCUGAAGACUCAAAAGUAAUGUCAUGGUGGGACUACGGGUAUCAGAUAACGGCGAUGGCGAAUCGGACGGUGAUAGUGGACAAUAACACGUGGAACAAUACGCAUAUAUCGCGCGUCGGACAGGCCAUGGCCUCCACUGAAGACAAGGCCUAUGAGAUUAUGAGGGAACUCGAUGUUGAUUACGUGCUUGUUAUAUUUGGAGGACUGGUUGGGUACUCGUCUGAUGACAUCAACAAGUUCCUGUGGAUGGUCCGUAUCGGCGGCAGUACGGACCGCGGCGCGCACAUCCGCGAGGCAGACUACUACACUCCCUCCGGAGAGUUCCGGGUCGACGCCGACGGAUCACAGACCCUGCUCAACUGCCUCAUGUACAAGAUGAGCUACUACAAGUUCGGGCUUGUCUACACUGAAGGAGGUCGGCCGCCCGGUUUCGACCGCGUCCGCGGCGCUGAGAUUGGAAACAAGGACUUUAAUUUAGACGUACUAGAGGAGGCGUAUACCACUGAACAUUGGCUUGUUCGCAUCUACAAGGUGAAGCCACUUCCCAACCGUGGUGUCUGAGCGUCACACCGCCCCGGUCGGUAAAUACUUAACCAAUAUACAUUGGUGUAACUGAUUACAUUGCUCGAUGAUUGUGGACCAUUUGUAAUAGUACAAUGUGGUUGCUAUUGAUGAUAGUUGUAUAAAAAAUGCAUUUUACCUCUCAAGAAGUCAAUGAAAUAUAGUCAUAACUACCCUGUGUGUAAACUAAACUAUUAUCUUUUUAACCGACUUCAAAAAAAGGAGGAGGUUCUCAAUUCGACCGUAUUUUUAUAAUAACUAGCGUUAGACGUACUAAAUUAAGUCUUUGACUGCCAAUAGAAAACUGUUAAAGGCAGUCCUCCUAACGUCGGACACCGGUGACCACCACGACGUUCAAUGUGUUAACUAAGUAUCAUGGUUAAUGAAGAAAAGCUCUACAAGUCCCUCUGUGACUUGAAACUAGAAGAGCUUUUUUCUAUUUAUCUCGAGAGGUCAUAGAAGUCUCUUAUAACACAAUGCAACUUAAUAUUAUACUUAGUAGAAAUUCUUUUACCAAACUGUUCCAAAUAGUCCACAACCAAGUAAUAUUUACCGGCCACCGCGCACGGAAGACUCAAUACGAAUGUAAGAAUAAGAAAAAGUGAUAAAAUUGAAUAUAUUUAUAUAUGCUUACAAACAAUUUGGUUCAAUUGAUAUUUUUGAGUGCGUAUCAACGCGAUUGUUGCAGAACUUUGAGAUUAUACUGGUAAUCACACGAAAAUAAUACUUAUUGCUACGUAAUAGAGUUGAUGUAGUCUGUUACCAUUUAUAGCAUACUCAGAUUCUUCAUACAAUUGCUUUGUUCUGUGUUCAAAUUAAUUAUUCUUUGUCGUGACAGUCUAGUGUAGACGUAAUUACAGGGCCUUAAAUCUCGUAAUUCCGUGGCAAAAAAGAUUGUGAGCUCUCUCAUUCUCACUUUAAACAGAGAUAAACAUGCGUUUUAACACAAUCAAACCACACUAGCCAGUUAAAAAUAAACCUUAUUCCUCAAAAAUAGAGUUUAUUUUUGCUAGCACUAUCGACACUAGACUGCCGCGGCUUGAGAUCGCAGACAUUAGAAUUAGCAACGUUUUUAUAAUUUUUAUAAUAAUAUACUAAGCACUAUGGAAAUGGAAGUUGAUGAAAGUUAAGCGUGCUAGACACGUUAUAUACCUGUUGAACGUGCAAUCUUUGAUGGAUGUAAUCACUUAUAAUAAGUUACUAAUGAUUGGGCCAAAUCAUUGUUGGAAAUAUGGACUUAAACCCCUUUUUAUACAAAAACCUAUCUUAUUACUACACCGUGUAGUUAUGUAUUCCAAGAUUUAACAUCUUGUCUGCCGGUAUAUAAGACACUAGAAAACAUCGUGUCUCGCGUAGAUGUACACACCACGAGUUACACGUAAAAUGGUGAUGCAUGCAAAAAUAUUAAUUAAUUGUUGGAAUAUUGAUAUAAAGGGAUGAAGUACCAUAUUGGGUUAUUUAAAACUAAUUCUAUAAAAAAAACUAAUGAAAUUGCUAUUACUAAAUGAAACAAUAUUUUUAGUAUACACACUGACUUCCUCAGUAACUUAAGUUUUUUUUUAUAUUAAUUGCUGUUUUAAUUAGUAAUAACAAUAAGCCAUAGAUAUAGAGAAACUUCAUACUUCCUUAUUUCCUAUAUUUAAGGCUGAAAAUAUGUAUAUAGACUUAUUAUAUAAUAUGAUUGUCUAUGUUCAAAUAAUACCAUUUUAUAUUAGAUAAUUUGUUCAAUUAAUUUUUUUUCUAAAUCUAUGAAUUAAAUUCUACAUGAUCCGAUAGAUUUGUUGAUGACACCUAAUUUUAGUAAGCUGUAUAGUCACCGCUAGAGUCUUGCUCUUGAUCAAAAACCUAGGUGUCAAAAUAGAUACUAGAUGAAAAAACAUCUAGGUUUAUUGCGGAAGGAGGGAACUGUGGAUUCUUUUACUAUUAGUUCCUUGCAUUUUUAGCAUAACUUAUGUUCCACUCUUCCGCGAUAUACUAUCAGACAUUAACAACGAUUUUAUUCAAGACAUGUUUCAUGAAUGCAAAAUUUAGGCAAUGCACUUUAGUCUUUACUUUUUUUACAUCUAGAUUAUAUAGGUAAUAAAAAAAUAAGAGGUUAUUAAACCGUAAUCAAUAGUUAGCAAUAGAGUAGAAUUGUUCUUAAUUUGUGUAAUGCCCGUUAUCACCGACAUUUCAUUAAAUUUGGUUUUGAUUUUACCAACCAUAAAUGAUACCUAAAGAUAUAGGUUAAGGGUUUGUUUGGUGCUCCCUCAAUCUAAGUAACUCUUAGUCAAGGGGUAGUUGGUGGAAACGGACAUUAAUCCAAUUUCUUUUUAUUAAUAAUAGCCUUAAAAGUUAUAGAAAUGCGCACAAGUAUGAUCCAACAUGUUUUUGUAGUCAAUACUGUCACUUGCCUGAUCUAUUUGAAUGAGUUAUGGUAAAUAAGAUGUUGUAUAAAUUCCUCUUUUUUAUUUUUAUUUUAAUUAAAGUUUAUUGAUGAAAUA